UGGCAGAGUUGAAUGCAAAGACGAAGAACAGGAGAAGCACUGAUACUGCCUUUAGAUUAGACCUCAGCAACAUCCGAAUUUCAGAGCUAUGCUGCCAUUCCACGGAACCUGCACUAUUGAACUGUUUUCUCUGCGUUCGUAAGAAUGUGCAUAGGCACUGUUUCCCAAAGGAUGCGCAUUAAAACAUUUUAAUGUCUAAAUAACCUGAUGGAUUAUCAAACACCGUUUUCUUAAAUUUGUCCUUUAGAGUGCCAGUUGCAAAGGAGCUGUUAUUUUAGGAGGUCUUGGCAAAUAGAUGUUUUUUUUCAGCAGAUGAGAACGACCAGCAGCAGCGGAUUCUUCUCGUAUUAGUGCCUGCGGAUCUCUGUUAUAAUAAAAUUUGGACUGGUGAACUGUUUUGCAUCGCAAUGGAUACAACUAUGUGGAGUUAUAUAUUAGGUCUUUUCAUGGUUGCUUGUCGAGUAAAACUGGCUCGAUCAACAGUUUUAGAAUCAAUAUAUUGGAAUACUUCGAACACCAAGUUUGUCCCAGGAAGGGGUGUAGUACUAUACCCUCAGAUCGGAGACAAAAUGGACAUUGUGUGUCCAAGAAUCAAGCCAGGCUCCACUGAGCAGAUGAACAUUGAAUACUUCCGGGUCUAUCUUGUUCCCAAAGAACAACUUGAGACCUGUCGAGUCACUAAGGGCGACAUGUUACUGCUCAACUGUGACAAGCCAGACCAGGACGUGAAGUUCACCUUCAAGUUUCAAGAGUUCAGCCCCAACCUGUGGGGCCUGGAGUUCUACAAAGGAAAGGACUAUCACAUCAUCUCCACAUCAAACAGCACUUUUGAAGGUUUGGACAACCACGACAGCGGUGUUUGUAAGACCAAAUCUAUGAAGCUGGUCCUGCGAGUUGGACAGAGUCCUACAGAUUCAUUCUCAACAAAAAACUAUCCAACUAGAUAUCCUCCAAAAUACCCUGACAGUAAGGACCAAAACACCUUCAGCAAAGAAAACGAUGCUGUCAACAGAGUUGGACACAUGCAGUGA